AUGGUUCGCUACGCGUACGCAUUCGUCGCCAUGGCCGGCCUGGCCUCGGCCCUGCCCCUCAACAUCAACCUCGGCGCCUACUCACCCGCACUGGUGGUCGGUGAUGGUGAGAUUAGCUUCGGCGGCGAGCAGGACGUGUCGAAACUGAUGAACGUUCUCGAGGGCGCUGCUGUCAACACGGCCGCCACCGUCGCCAACAACGCCGCCAACGGCAACACUGCCACCUCCACCACGGUCAACAACGAAGUGCCCGUCCCGUCGGCUGCCGGCACCACAAACGCCGCCGCCUCGGAUCCCCUCGUCGAGCAGGCCCAGCAGAUUGCUAACCUCCAGGGUCUCGGCAACAAGAAGGAGAUUGCUCCACGCAUGCAACUGGUCGAUGCCGCUGACGACGAGGACGACGACGGCGACGACGCCGCCACGGUCGAGAAGCGCGACCUGGCCGGCUUCGACCGCGCCCUGACCUAUGCCGAGGCGGCCCUCACCAAGGGCCCCAAGGUCCAGCUCGGCACCGGCAAGGAGGGCUCGGGUGUCGGCAUCAUCGUCGACAACUCCCCUUCCACGGCGACGGCUGCCAAAGCCGCAAAGCGCGAUGUCGAUGGCGACGCCUCCCCGAAGCGGGUACGCGCCAAGGUGACCACCAUGUACGUCCGCUCUGGCAUUCCGGCCUCCCUUCAGAGUAAGCGCGAUGAGACGGUUCCCCGGUCUGUCCCUGGUAUCGUCGUUCCGCCAACUGCUGCUUCCGUGUCCCGUCGUGAUGCCAUUGAUGCCGUCAACCUGAACGUCGAUGGCGACCAGGGUCUGACCAUGACCUUUGUCGAGACGGUCGACGACGACGAGUAA